AUGGCAUGCAGUCUGCAGAAGCUAUUUGCUGUGGAAGAGGAGUUUGAAGAUGAGGAUUUCUUGUCUGCUGUGGAAGAUGCAGAGAACCAAUUCAUAGGCCCUGAGCCAUCAGGGCCUAUGAAUGCCGGGUGCCUCAGAUCUGUCUCUUCCAGGCCAGACACUGUGCAGGCACGGCCUUCUGGGCAGCUGCCAUCAUGCCCUCCUGCUUCCUCAGAGGCUGUGGACCUACCGGCCCUGGGACUCCGCCUUCCUGCCUCCAGCAGGGGUCCAGCUGCCACAGGAACAGCCCGCCUGAGGCCUGUCUCCACUUCCAGCAGCUGGACCAGCAAUCAGAGACGAGUGCCACUGACAGAAGUGCUCAGAGAACCAGCAAGAUCGCGGUCCUCGGCCGCCCGCCCCCUGCUUCCCUUUGAGAGCAAACAGCAGGCGAUCAGCGGCUUUGAGGGACCUGAGCAGGAUGAGUUUGACGAGGUCCUGGCAAGCAUGGAGCUGGAGGGGCCCGGCGUGGAGCUGGGACUUGAAGCUAACAGUGAGGCAACGGGAAUCCUGCCCCCCGGGCAGCAGGGAGACUCAGCAUUGACUAAAAAGGCUCGGGUAGCUGAGCUGAGCAGACCUUGCCAAAAGGGCCCCAUGCCGGCCACCCACGUGACUGGUAUCGCAUCAGCCCAGGGUCAGCCUCCAGAGCCUGUGGUCGACUGUAGGACUCCGCAGCCCCACUUGAGGACUGGUGCCAUGGGUAACCUGCGUGUCCCCACUGCCUCCACACUUCCCGCUCAGCAAACCCACUGGGAAGUCCGCCCUAAAGCUUCUCCAGUCCGAGGACCCCAGCCUCUCCAAGCCACUGGGAGGCCUGUUCAGAGCAGCCCUCAACAUCGUGUCCCCCGUCAGCCAUUCCAAUCUCCAAAUGCCCACUUAAGUGGCAAACCUAAUUUUCUACGGACUCCCAACUCAAGCUGUUCUACUCUCUCAAGGACCGGCUCUGGAUUUUUCCCUCGGGGACCCUUACAACCCCGAGCUCCACUGUCUUCAAUUGAGUCUCCUGUCAGCACCCCCAAGGGCCCCCAAGCAGCUCUGCAGACACCCAUAGUGACCAACCACCUGGUACAGCUGGUCACUGCUGCCAACCGGACACCCCAGCAGCCCCCGCGCACUGCCACGCGGGCCAAAGCACGCCGCUUCCCUGGCCCAGCGGGGAUCCUGCCUCACCAGUACAGCGGGAAAAACCUGGAGGAGAUCAUGGUUUCCACGCCCCAGACUCCGACUCAUGGCGCUCUGGCUAAAUUCCGGACAGCGAUUGUUCCCAGUUCCCAGACAUCAGCGGAAGAGGAUUUCCAGCGAGGGCCCUGGCUGGCCAUGAAAACUGCUCUGGGCCUGGAUGAGAGAGACCCCACCUGCUUCCUCUGUACCCACAGCAUCGUCAUGGUGCUGCGCAAGGCCGCCCUGAAGCAGCUUCCCAGGAACAAGGUCCCCAGCAUGGCCGUGAUGAUCAAGUCCCUGACUCGGAGCACGAUGGACGCCAGUGUGGUUUUCAAGGACCCCACGGGAGAGAUGCAGGGCACUGUGCAUAGGUUGCUGCUUGAGACGCGCCAGAAUGAGCUGAAGCCCGGCUCGGUGCUGCUGCUGAAGCAGAUUGGCGUGUUUUCUCCUUCGCUCCGAAACCACUACCUCAACGUGACGCCCAACAACCUGGUCCACAUUUAUAGCCCAGAUUCCGGGGAUGGGAACUUCCUCAGGGCAUCUCAGCCCCUCCCCGAGGAUCCAGGUAGCUUUCCUGACAGCCUCCAGCAUGAGCCUGCAGAGCCUGGGAAAGACCUCAGACCAGCGCAGAAUCCAGAGGCGGGGCCAUUCCCACGAGAAGUACCCCCAGAAGCAGAUGACCUGGAUGGACUCCUGAGUGAGCUCCCUGAGGACUUCUUCUGUGGAACCAGCACCUGGUGCCCGAAGGCAGGACACCCGCCAUGA